AUGGAGAUAAUGAGGCGUGACCGAGUUAUUUUAGAAAGGAGAUCGCUCCCCUACUCGACUUCGACCUUUGUCAGUGUGGGUUCCCCUACAAAUCCCCGACCUCAUCUGCAUUGCAGAGCCUCAUCUACCAACCGACCUGCCUCCUUUGCUCGCCCCACUCGUCCCCGGUCUGCACCUUCAUCCCUGACUGCCGCCCCUGUUCAUCCACGGGCCUCGCCUACAGCUCGGCCCUUCACCCCGACGCCUCUUCAAUCAAUUAAUCCUUCCCGACCAACCUCCAGCCCUGGUCGCGGCCGCGGUCGAAGAUCCUCCAACGUACCUUACGUCAGCCCUGCCUUCAUAGAAGCUUCUCAGGCAGCUCGUCAGGCACGUCCUGUAAACGACCGCUUGAAUCGUGAUGCCCCUUCUUCCUCUCGGCGUAGGGUUCGGCUACCCUCCGAAGAUUCUGACUCGGACGAUCAACCCUUGGCUCAGAGACUUCGCCGUAGAGCCCCCGAUCCUAGCCCAGGCUCUGGCCCUGUUGCUGUUCCUCCUCCGCCUCCUGUUACAACCCCGACUCCUGCCCCGAGCCCAGCAGAUGUUUCCCCUGCUCCACCCGACGCUCAGGUUAAGUCUCCGUUAGCUCAACCUUCCACUUCGCAACGGCCUCAGAGCACUGAAGAUGACCCCUCACAUCGCCCUUCACCAGCUAUCUCACCUCCAGAGCCUUCUCAGGUUCCCCCUUCAACUCCUUCUAGGUCAGCUGCUGAGCCUUCUGGCUCGGCUGCUGGGCCUUCCCAAACACCGCCCCCUGUUCCUCACUAUUAUCGUACUACUGCUCCUUCUGAGGCUGAAUUAAGAUCCCGGCAAGAUGUUCCCACCAGUUACCUCACAAUAAAAGGUCGUUUGGUCACGGUUAUGGGAAGAAAGUAUGCAACAAAUGGAACUCUUGCUGCCACCUGCCCAGAUGGAUAA